AUUACGUAUUGUUUACGUGUAAUAUUUUCAAAAUUUGAUGUAAUGGCGAACGUGGUGAUUAUUGGACAUAGUUUUGUCAAACGCCUUGACCGCGCGCUCGAAGGUUCAUGGACGAACCUCGGUUUUCAUGAUGACCCUACAAACAUUGUAGUAUCGUGUGUAGGUAAAAGCGGGGGUAGAUUACCCGAUGUUUAUGCCCGUGAAGUGACUGAUCGUUUACGAGAACAAAUUGCGGAUUUAGUUUUAUUGCAAAUUGGUGGCAAUGAUUUAGAUUGUUCACGGAUCGAGGACGCCAAAGAUUCUAUCGUGAACAAUUUACUGUCCAUUGUCGAGUGGCUCGCCUCGGGACUAUCAGUAGUCCGGAUCGGAAUACUACAGCUGUUUUAUCGUCGUAGUACGAGACACGUUUCAGUUCAUAAGUAUAAUGAGGCCGUGGACUACGUUAAUUCCGCUUUGAAAGCGAAAUGUAAAACAUUGAACUUCUGUUUUUUCUGGCGCCAUAAAGGCUUAAAAGAUGGCGUCUUUCCUCAUCUUUCUCACGACGGGGUUCAUUUGAACACCACGGGCAUGCGUAGAUACAUUCUCUCGGUCAGAGGAGCUGCCUUAUAUGGAUUACGAAACGCCAGUGGGCGUGUCUAAGCUUUCCGUAUAUGACAUUAAUCAUCAAGGCCCAAUUCGGCGAACUCGGCGUAGGGCGGCACAACAACAUUCAUUGGUGACACCACCCACACAUACUGAAGACACAAGUGUGCCUAGCACAACAACAGCUAGGAGGGGACGCCGGCCGGUUGUCCGACAAACACCUCCACCAGUUCCAUCAACUCUGAGUUCAUCUGCACUUUCAACAAAUAACAACAUAUCAAUACCUGAGUUGGCAGCGGAGCUGUUUCAAUAUAUGAGGCAGGCAGGUUUUACCAUACAAUCCCCUGCCGUACAAACCGUGCCUGCAGAGAUACCCUCUGCUUCCGGGUCAGCUGACUGCCCUCCAGUGGACAGCACCUUAUUUUUAAGACCAGCUACCACCAAUGCCACACCCUCUGUGUCUGGAGGGGGAUUGAACCAGAGUCAUAUGCUGCAACAGCAGCAUAUGUCAUUCAACGAAACAACACACUACAGUAGGCCACCACUACAAGGACAGGACAAUGUUCCGUCAUAUGUCAACGUGUUGAACUCAGUUUCUGGUGAGACUCCUCAAGUUGACAGCAUAAGCCGACCUCUGGAUAUGUUUGUAGAUCUAAAAGUAAAAUCUAAAAUUUUUGCUGAUGAGUUCAUUGAUUUCGGGCUGUUGAUUAAGCGUUCCCCUCAGGAAAAAGAACCCCUGAGGGUUGAAAUGCAAGGCCAGCAAUUAGUGCUGUGCCAAAACAACAAACCAGCUCAUAUCAAGUCAAUUGAACAAUGGCUCUCAGCUUUUCACAUCUUUGUAGCCAUUUACAUUCAGGCACAUCCUCAGGCCACUCCAGGCCUUAUGAAAUAUGCCGACGUUAUACAAACGAUACACCGGAGGUCGGGUUUUGCUGCAGCUAUCCACUAUGAUAACAACUUCCGUAUGUGGCACCAAUUAGUGCCCACUGCCCCAUGGCACAUAACUCAUUCCGAGUUCUACAUGGAGGCAACAGCUAUUGGGCUAAAAGCACUUUGCCCACAACAGCCCUUUCAGGGUCAGAAACCCAACACACGAAUUAAGAAAGUGUGUUGGGCAUAUGAUAAGCACGGAAGAUGCUCCAAAGGUGCCCGAUGCAAAUUCUUGCAUGGCUGCAGUAUCUGUGGAGGGAAGCAUCAGCAGCGCAAUUGUUACAAUGCAGCCCAGUCUGGGUCACGAUCCGAAACCCAGCAAAACUCGGGCUCGGUCAACACCCAACCAUCCCAACAAACUAACCAAUCCAAUAGCAGACAACAACGUAAAGCCCCUCAAAAAUGAGCCUUUACCUACCCCUAUUGUUAUUGACAGGUUCUUAACUUACCUACGGGGUUAUGACAAAUCAAAACUAAAUUUUCUUCAAGAUGGUUUUAAACAAGGUUUUAGGUUGCAAUAUGAAGGGCCUCGCAUAUUUCGUGAUUCCAGAAAUCUUAAGUCUGCUUUAGAUAACAUGCAAAUUCUAAAAGAUAAGAUUCAAAAGGAGAUUUAUCAUGGGCGUUGUUUUGGACCUUACCAUACACCACCUUUUACUAAUUUGCAAAUCUCUCCACUUGGUUUAGUUCCCAAAAAAGAACCUAAUGAGUUCAGAGUUAUACAUCACCUGUCCUUUCCAGAAGGUUCCUCUAUCAAUGAUGGCAUCGCCCCGGAAAAUUCCACGGUUGUUUAUCAGACUAUCGAUCAAGCAAUUCAAUUAAUUAAACAUUAUGGUCCAAAUUCAUUUCUGGCAAAGACUGAUAUUGAAUCAGCAUUUCGUUUAAUUCCGAUUCAUCCGGAUGACUACGAACUCUUGGGUUUUAAAAUUGAUGACAAAUUUUAUUUUGACCGUGUCCUGCCAAUGGGUUGUUCUAUUUCAUGUCGUUUGUUUGAAGCAUUCAGCUCAGCCAUUCAUUGGAUUUUGGAACAUAAAUUUCAAGUUUCUGGAGUUGUGCAUGUUUUGGAUGAUUUUUUAUUCGUAGGCCCCCCUGACUCUCGCAAAUGUUUGGAUGAUUUAAACAAUUUCCUGUCUUUUUGUUCCGACACUUCUAUUCCCAUAAAGCAAAGUAAAACUGAACUACCCACAACAGUUCUGACUUUUCUUGGCAUAGAGUUAGACAGUAAGGCUAUGGUGGCCAGACUUCCAUUGGAUAAAGUUGAAAAAAUGCGAGCGCUUCUGGAUUCAUUUUCCAGACGCCAAAAAGUCACCCUGAAAGAACUUCAGUCCCUUAUAGGUUUGCUUAAUUUUGCUUGUCGUGUUAUUUCACCUGGGCGCACCUUUUUACGUCGUCUGAUUGAUCUUACCUGUGGUUUAACAAAACCCUAUCACCAUAAACGACUUAAUAAGGAGGCUAGAUGUGACUUAGCUGCAUGGAAAAUCUUUUUAGACUCGUUUAAUGGGACAUUUAUGUUUCUGUCUGACCGUUGGGAAACUUCAGAACAAUUACGGUUUUAUACUGAUGCAAGUAAUUUAGGUUAUGGCGGUUUCUUUCAAACGUCAUGGAUGUAUGGCGAGUGGCCAUUACACUGGCAAUCUUUCCAUAUUACAGUUAAAGAAUUCUUUGCUAUAAUAGUUGCAUUAGAGCUCUGGGGUCCAUCACUUACUAACAGAUGUAUCAUCUUUUAUUGUGACAACCAUGCUGUUGUGGACAUAAUUAACAAACAAACCAGUAAAGAUAAAACUCUAAUGAAGUUAGUUAGGCGUUUUGUGGUCACAACCUUAAAACUCAAUAUUUUGUUUACCGCGCGUCACAUCCCAGGCAAAAGUAACAUCUUAAGUGACCAUCUGUCUCGUUUGCAGGUGGACUCUUUUCACCAGCUGGCCCCUUACAUGGACACAGAUCCAACGCCAAUACCAGUCCAACUCAUGCAACUCUGACCGAUACUAUUCAUUCGCUUUUGUUACAUGCUACAUCGCCGGCGACAUCCCGUACUUACUCGAGAGCGUACAAUCUGCUAUGUCAAUUCGUCAGAUCUACUUUUAUUGGUACACCGGUUUUGCCUACCACCUACAAUACUUUGGCCUUUUUUAUCGCUCAUUUGUACAGGCAAAAUUUGGCAUCAUCUACCAUUUCCACAUAUGUUGCAGCCAUUAGUUACAUUAACAAAAUCGCUGGUUAUGCUGACCCUUCCCAAUCAUUCCUGAUAAAGAAAUUGCUCAGUUCGGUUCAGCGAGGUAAUUACCAGGUAGACAAUCGUUUACCUAUAACACCAGAGAUACUUACAAAGCUAGUAACGUCUUUGCAGUAUACCACGCAAUCCCCUUACCAAUAUCAUCUUUUGAAAGCCAUGUACUUGUUGGCUUUCCAUGCCUUUUUAAGGGUUGGGGAAAUGACCCUCAAUAAAGCUGUUUCCAAUGUUUUACAGUUUGAGGAUCUGCAGUUAAUCAAGGAUUCCUCCGGGUUCUUGUGUCGCUUAGAAUUAACGUUUCGUUCUUUCAAAGGACAUUAUAAUAUUCGACCUAUUACUUUGUCCAUCGCUGCCUCUAGACAACCUGCGGUCACCUGCCCAGUGUCGGCCCUGCAACAAUAUUUACAAAAUAGGGGUCAGCAACCAGGCCCAUUAUUUUGUUUUCCUCCUGCUAAGGCUGUGCCAUAUGCAUACUUCAGCGAAUGUCUGAAACAUUCUCUUAGUUGGGCUGGCCUUUCCCAUCAUCGUUUCACAACUCACAGUUUCCGUAUUGGUGCUGCUAGCUCGGCAGCCUCACGGGGCAUUCCUGACGAUGAGAUACAACAAAUGGGUAGGUGGCAGUCGAUGGCAUUUAAAAGAUACAUUCGUUUGCCAUCUCUUUUUGACACGUAAGGCAUGCACAGUCAAACAAAAAAUUCAAUGGCCUUUGGUCAUUGGGGCGACUGGUCAGGAAUUGUGCAAUUUCAUCCAAUACAUUUAAGACAUAAGUUUAUCUCAUAAAGUUUGGAGUACUUCCACUAUAUACAUGAGUGUUAGAAUUGUCACAUGUAAAAAGUAUGGCCUUUGGACAUUGGGUCGAUUGGUCAUGCAACUACAUGCCGCUUGACAACUGAGUGAUACCUAUAUGUCUUCUUUAUAACAGGAUAAAGUAUUUUACUUUCGUCAGUACUUCAUAUAUUUACUGCAUCAAUACCUUGAGGAGUCUCACCAACUCAUUUAAUUGUAUUAAGCUUACAAAAUUCGCUAACCAAGAACUGACAAUUUUUGUUCAAAAUUUAAUAAUUACAUUAAUUUCAACUUUCUUAAGACUGUGCACCUCUUCAGGUGAUUUUCUUCCACUUACCAACAUUCCAUGGAGGAUUACUUUUGUACAACGCCUAGGAUGGCAUUUGACAUUUCAUGUACAUGUAUAAAUCAAUUGUAGUGUUUUCACUUCUUUUCUGCGAGGCUUCUGGGCAUCUUAGCCAGUUAGCUACAUGUAUUUCUUCUUGGACUGAAGAAAGAUCACAGACUUCCACAGAGGACUUAUCGUUCACAAUGGUUAUAUAUGGACAUUGACAAUUCAGUGAAUUAUAUUGUUUGAUAUACAGUGCAUAGAUUUGUGCUUGAUCAUCUCAGUACAUGUACCUGUACAUUCUUGAAUUUUCAGGAACUUUCUGUGUGUUGUUAUAAAUAUAAGCCGAACUUUCUGGAUGACUGAUGUUAAUCGGUUUUGUAUAUUUCAUAUGUAAUGCAUAUAACUUUCAUUUUCAUAUGCAUCAUCUAGUAUAUAUUUGUUACAUGUAGAUACGAGUAUGUCGUAUCAUUGACUUAAAUUUGGUAAAUUCAAAUUUAACUGUAUAGUGCUUGUAUGUAUAUACGUUAUCUCCAUGGCUGCGGAUGGGGGAGUGAUUACAAUCCCAAGGGUUUGUAAUCUCUGUGGCGUUUUCUUACCCCAUCUAAGACUUUUAAGUACAUUGGACAAAAACUUUAAAAGAUAAAGUUUUUAUAUAAACAUGUCGUUUUUAAUAAAAACGGCCAUUUUCAAUUCAUUUGAAGUGUUCUAGUUGUUUAUGCACUUAACAUGUCUUACAAGCUUGCCAUGGUGAUAUUUACUUGGAAUCAGGCAUAAAUACAAAUUAAACCUGGUUUAAUGUAAUUUAUGAAUGUCCUAGUAAUACUUUGUUUUUUAUUAUGUUUCAAUAUCAUGAAUGUUAAAGUACUGUAUUUGUUGUAUCUAUGAUUGAUAUGAGCGGACGCUGACCAUUAGUAGGAGGUGAGAAGGUCAAAAGUCGUAUGAAUUUGUGGCUAUUUUUAGCACCCUAUAUAAGUAUGUGCACUAGCUGACCCUAGGUCACUAGCCUGCUGAAGAUGAUGGAGGAACAAGGUGUGUACCUUCUUUUUACAUCAUGAUCUAAUUUUGAAAAAUAUCUAAGUGAAUUUUAUUACCCACCACCUCCCCUUCUUGCCUCCUUCUCAAUAUGAUUAUUACUUCUUAAAGGGGCGUUUUCUUACCCCAUCUAAGACUUUUAAGUACAUUGGACAAAAACUUUAAAAGAUAAAGUUUUUAUAUAAACAUGUCGUUUUUAAUAAAAACGGCCAUUUUCAAUUCAUUUGAAGUGUUCUAGUUGUUUAUGCACUUAACAUGUCUUACAAGCUUGCCAUGGUGAUAUUUACUUGGA